UACUAUGUAUAUAUUUUCUCAAAGUGACUAAUUUAAAAGGAAAAUAGGUAUUUAAAUAUAUAAUUUCUGAGUUAUUUGCACAACAUUGCAAUAAUCACUUGAAUUUAAAUUGGGCACAUUUUUCAUAUUCUUCCCAUAUUUUAAAUUAUUAUACUUUUUCCUCAGGAUAUUUUAAGUAGUUGAUUAUGAUUUGAGACAGAUCUUAUUAUCAUAACUAUAACCAUUCUUUAUUUAUUUUUUGUCCCCCCAAGAAAUCUAUAGCAUCCAUACUUUGCUCUGUCUGCAAUUAAACUGGCCAUGAUAGUUAAUGGAAUUAAUCUAACUUGUAGAAAAGCAAUUUUUCAAGGAGUUAAAACAUAAAAAGUUUUAUUGUAACCACUUCUUUACUUUGCAGGAAAAAGGGAAAUAUUAAAAAUUCCUCAAUUUAGUAACUUUUACAAAUUAGUAAUUUACUUUUUACAAAUUGGAAAAAAUAGACAUUACCUCCUUUGUUCAUUUUGACUUAAAAAUUGAAAAUCACUGCCAUUUGACUACAAUCAUGUUUUUUAAAAUUAACAGACUGAUUUCUGCUUAGAAAAUGUUUUUACUGGUGUGGUUCUGGUGGCAAUGUAGAAUACCUGUCUUCUUUACAUAAAUCUUGGGUGAUGUGGACUCGGAAAAUCCUAGUUACACCCAAGAUUCCAUUCCUCUGCGGUUACUCACCUGGACCACAGACAUGUAAGGCCUGUCUAAAAGAGACAUAACAUCAAGUGUGGCCCCACCAGUGACUCAUCCCUUUAAUGUAGUGAAACUAUAGAGGGAAGAGCAGGGAGAAUGUACUGGUUGCUAAGGAAACCUAGUUUACCUGUGGAAAAUGACAUCCUGUAUUAAUAAGAUGUAAGGUACGACUCACAUAAUUAUUCUAAUUUUAAGAUUGAUGGAAACAAUAUCCUUUACAUUGGGUACGGGCCAUAAAAAAUGUCUAAAUGUACAGGAUUGCUUAUGGUUUUAGAAGGUGACUUUAUAAAGAAGGUGGAGAUCCCAACUCCUUCUCAUGUCUCUAUAUAUAUGUCUAAGUGUGUGUGUUUUAGUGUUCUGGGAAGUGUCUUGACAGAGAACUUGAGUUGGACAAAGCAGCCUGCAUCUGAGUGAGCUAACUGGCACCAUGAAAAUAUCAGGUGUCUUUCUGCUCCUCUCUCUGGCUCUUUUCUGCUUUUUCUCAGGUGUCUUCAGUCAAGGAAAAAAGGACAGAAGAGCCUGGAUCACAAGAUCAGAGGGUGGAAUACGAUGGAAAGAUGGCUUGAGAAGGCGUCUCUUUAAAGUUGACUGUGCUGAGUUCCGGGAUCCCAAGUUCUACUGCACUCGGGAAUCAGAUCCCUACUGUGGCUCUAAUGGCCAGACAUAUGGCAAUAAAUGUGCCUUCUGUAAGGCAAUGGCGGAAAAUGGUGGGAAGCUCAAACUAAAGCACGUUGGAGCAUGCUGAAUUGGAGCCAAUGUUUUGUGUUCAGCUGCCAGCUUUCUCAGCCUUCUUUUCUUGUGUAUGCUUUGAUUUUUCUCCAGCAGAUAGCUUAAAUUUAUAAAAACACACCUUCUUCUCUCCCUGGUUCUUGGAGAGUUCAAUAUAUAAUAUUUUCCUUCAUUUGCUUAACAAUAAAAUAAAUUCUGCAGAA